UCCGUAGCCAUUUUGGCUCAAGCCGUUCUGGCCCAAGCUUCUGGACUCAAAUCGGUCGCAGCGGGGCGAAGCUGGGCGAGAUUCGGUAGCUCAAGUUUUUCUUGCGCGUCAAGGGAUGAUGCAACAAUUCGGCGACAUUGACAGCCUACUCGGUUUCCAGACAGAAAGACGAGUCAAGCUUCGUGAUUGGAGGUUGGGGGCAUUGAAUUACGGUCUUAUGGCAGCGGGGUUGAUUGGACUUUUCGGGUAUAGCGUGAUCUACAAUUGUGACCACUUGGAGCUCAAAGCGAUCUCCAUGGAGGUGUAUGUUUAUUACCGCCACACCGACAGUAUGGAGAAGGCGAACUUUGGAUUGAUAAGCUCCGGGCGGUCGAGGGAGAGACCUAGCAAUUUUGCGAGCAUUCCAUUAUUUAUUGUUCACGAGGAGCAGACAAGAAAUGUUUCACGUUAUGAUUCCACAGGUAAGAUUGUGACAGGCGUGUGGCCCUACCUUCAAUCGGAUAAUAUCACAGCUUUCAACGAUGUCGGGAACAGUAGUUUAGAAGUCGCCAUGGCUGCGAUUGAGAAAACCGGUGAUAACGCACUUGAUCAACAAAUCAUGCAUUUCAGCCCAAUGGACACGUGUAGUAACGUUCCCAGCAAUUUGUCUGAGCUCAUUGAGAAGAUUGCCGACGCGAUGCCAGAAAAUACGGGAGUCAGAAAUUUUGCCCAGAGGCUGCGCACAGGAGAUUUAUUGAAUGAAGACAGUAGUUUUGACGAUAAGAUGCUGGAUGCAGUUACAGGUGCCCAUUUAUUCGUCAAAUUCAGGGUGACCAACGAGCGCAAGUUUUCUGUUCUGGGCAAUGACAACAUCACAUGCGAUGUUGAGCUCGAUUGGAGGCAGAUGGGUAUCGUAAACUUGCUAUUCAUUGGGUCCCCACUUUUUGCGGAUAGCACUCGGAACGUUAUUCAGGAAUGGUAUUUGCCCGUGACCGUAUCAGCAGACGUCACAAUGUACACGUUUUCAUUCGCCAAGCUGGCUACACAAUUGGCGGGCUAUUCAUUCCUUCUCGGCCUUGCAAAAUCAGCUGUACUUUUUGUUGCGAUGUACGUCAUGCCGAAGAAGAAGGAGUACACUGAUCUGAUAUUAUUUGCAUCAGACGAUUUCAAUCCAGAUAACAACAAUGCGCCCUCCGGCUCAUCCCGCCAUGAUGCCGAGACGGCGCUCCUUUCAGAACACGUUCGUACCGUGGGUGAGGCUGCGGUGCCGCCCGCAGCCAGCUGAACAAUUUCAAGCAUCAUUGUAACAUUUUCUUUCAUUCCCCAAACAGCUUGCUGAACGGGGUGCUGUUGUGGUAGAAACUAGCACCGCGGAGUUUUCCGCGCGCGUGUUGCGUGCGGGACGCCAUUCUCUCUGGGCCCCAGGCCCGGCCCGUCUGCUUGCGGUUGCUCCCCAUCCUCCUCCUCGUUUUCCUUCCUCCCUGUCUCCUCCUGGGCUCCCGGCUUCAGGCAUUAAGGUGGACCUCGUGGCGAGGAUGCCGUCCCCAUCUCGGCAGGCAUUUGAAGCAGAAGGGCGCUUGCACAGCACCGGUUUGAUCCACUUUUGCUGCUGUGCAGAGCUGUGCCACGCCCUGCCGCUUAGGCUUCGAUACUGUCUUCUCUUCGCGAUCUCCGUGUGGAGCCGAUGAUGCUCUCACGCAGUUUAAGCAGAGGGGCGCGUGCACAGCACCGGUUGAUCCACUUUUGCUGCUCUGCAGAGCUGUGCCACGCCUUGCCACUUAGGAUCCGAUACUGUUUUCUCUUCGCGAUCUCCGUGUGGAGGGUGAGUGGCGUCUAAUCCCGGAGCAGGCGUGGUGGGGGGUCCCGGAGCAGUUUUUGCCGUCAUCAACGGACUUUCCCGGGCGAAAGCCGCAUCGGUCUGAACAUUGCGACUUCUCGAGCUUUGGCUGAAGACGCUGGAAGAGCAGACGCGCGAAUGUUUUGUAAGUUAUGCGCAUAAUCGCUAUGGGACUCCAGUUCUUGACCUCACGUUUGCUGCCGCCCUUAGGAAACAUGACGAAGAUAGAAUUCAAACAUCCCAUCAUGUCCCCAGAAAACCUUCCGGGGACAUGGUUCAUUCUCUGGAGACCUCUGUGGCGCCUCGUGGUACGGUUAUGCUGACGUUUGUGGCAUAUGUGCGGUCUCCUCCUCUCCCUUCUCCCUACUCCCACCUGCAAAACAAUGUGCUGCCAGGUCGUCCGAAUGGUCUUCAAGCUUGGCGCGUUGCCGCUUGUUUUAAUCGAUGGCAAGCGUGUGCGCGCCUUUUUUCCGUGACACCGCGAUCAGCAGUUUGCCGAUAGUGGAUAGGGGGGUCGUGGGUGAGCAUCGGUGGAGUUGGCAGGGGACGGCCAGCCAGCGGGGGCGCUGUGUUGCGUGCCAGAUUUUGUUGCCAGCGCUUCACGCGCGAGUCAGGCGUAGCGUGCUGCCGCUUGUUUGAAUCGAUGUCAAGCGUGUGCGCGCCUCGACUCCGUGGAACCGCGUCGUUCGGCCGUCUCCGUUGCAGACGGUGGACGGAGCAGGUCAACAAAAAAAAAAAAAAACGGCCCAAGGCGCGUCCGAUCAGAAAAUGCGUCGUCGCGUGGGAAUUUUGGUUCGAGGGAGUCAUGUCAUGUCGUUGCUGCCCCGCCGACGUUUCAAGCCCGUUGCCCACCUUCUCCGUUUGCACCUCGCCUUAGUGACUCAGGGGUUCACUUAGCGACAAUUUGCGUACGAGCAGGAUGUCGCCUUUCUGAAUCCCACCUCCACGCGGCAAUCCGUGUACGAGGGGGAUAUCGUCAUUUUGCAGCCCUCCUUCACGCUGCAUUCAGCGUGCGAGAGCUUUGUUUCACUGCGCAGUUCUCCUCCACGCGGCAAUCCUUGAA